GCGGAAGUUAAAACAAUCUACUUACUUUUGAUGCCACGUUCACUGCAUUUCAAAUUUACUAAUUAAAUCAAAGGUGACUCGGACCUUUGCUGUCUUUGCAGGUUUGAUAUCAUGUCAAAGGUCCCUGUGGGUAAAGUACUGCUUCGAAAUGUCAUCAGACACACAGAUGCCCAUAACAAGAUUCAAGAGGAGAGCGAGAUGUGGAAGCUGAGGGGUCUUGAACGACAAACCUCAUCCACACAUUUACCAAAGAACAGGGGCCGAAUGCAUUGUGACCGCCAUUUAGACUCUGAGGGGUCCACGCGAGACAGACUUGGUGAAAGGUUGUCUGAGAGGGAUGAGGAGGCGGCACGAUACUGGACACGAAAACUUUAUGAAUUUGAAGCAAAAGAUCCUGACAGGUGGGGACAUAGUGGUUUUAAGGAACUUUAUCCUGAGGAGUUUCAGUCUGCUGGAGAGAAAUACUGCAGAGACCGUAAACACAGAAGGAAAAAGCACAAGAACAAACUAGAUGCUGACAUGGACAAGAAUGCCAAAAAAUCAUCUAAGAAGAAGAAAAAGAAAAAAGAGAAAAAGAGGACGACGACUGUGGAAUCGGGCCCUGAGUCCGGCAGUGAUGCAGAGGACAGCAUGAGGAAACAGAGGAGGAAGAGGGGCAAAAGUAAACGUAGAAAAAAGGAGCACAAAUGCAAAGAGAGAACAGAGGACAGCAGCACGGAGGACAGCCAGUCAGACAGAGCAGCAGGAAAACAGACAAAAACACACAGAAAAAGAGAUGGCACUAAAACAGACACACGGAGUGAGCCUCAAAGGAAGAAGCGGAAAAACUGGAGAGUGGCGAACGAGGAGAGAUCAGAGGAGAGCUCUGACGCUUGAAUUUUUUAUCUACCUGACAAAGUUGACUGAUAUGUGUUUGGACAAUCUUAUAAUUGAUAAAAGGGAAAGUUCACCCAAAAAUGAAAAUUCUGUAAUUUAAUCAUCCUCGUGUCAUUCCAAUACCGUACAGCUUCCGUUUCCUCGUGGAACACGAAAGGUGAUGUUAGGCAGAAUGUUAAAUGACAGUCUCGGUCACCAUUCAAUUCCAUAAAAAAUAUACAAUGAAAGUGAAUGGUUACUAGUCUAACAUUCUGCCUAUAAUCUGUUUUUGUGUUCCAUGGAAGAAAGGAAGCCAUACUUGUUUGGACCAACAUGUGUAGUUAAACCAAUAGUUUACCCAUAAAUGAAAAUCCUUAUGCCAUCCCAGAUGUGUAUAACUUUCUUACUUCUGCAGAACACAAAUGAAGAUUUUUAAAAGAAUAUCUCAGUUCUGUAGGUCCUCAAAAUGCAUGUAAAGUGAAUAAUUACCAAAAUCCAAAAGCACAUAAAGGCAUCAUAAAAGUAAUCCAUGUGACUCUAGUGGUUACAUUAAUAUCUUCAGAAGCGAUGUGAUGGGUGUGGGUGGGUGGUUUGUCCUUUUUUUGUGUGUGUGAAAAAUCUCCACUUUCACAUUCUUUUGUUUUUGGCGAUUCUCAUUCUUUGUGCAUAUCACCCCCUACUGGGCAGGUUGGAUAAUUUAUAGUAAAAAAGAACUUAAAAAAUGAAAGAAAUUUAAAAAUGUAUCUCCUUCUCACCCACAUCUAUCAUAUUGCUUCUGAAGAUAUAGAUUUAACCACUAGAGUCACAUGGAUUACAUUUAUGCUGCCUUUUAUGUGAUUAUUGGAGCUAAAUGUUGGUCACCAUUUAUAUACAUUACGAGGACCUAAAGAUGAAACACUCUUCAAAACUAUUUGUUUGUGUUCAGCAGUAGAAAGUCAUACACAUCUGGGAUGGCAUGAUGGUAAAUCAUGAGAGAAUUUUCAUUUUUGGGUGAACUUUUUAAUACAGAAAGAAAUCAUUAUUAUUUGGGUGACUGAUCAUUCGCCAAUAUGUUUAUACCUUAAACAUAAAACAGACUUUUGUUGGUUUUUGCCACACAAGGUUAGCUUAUCGAAUUUGAAUGAGGUUUUAUAUAUUUUUUUCUAAAUAUUUUUUAGAAAUCUUUAAAUAAUGUUUUAUUACUUGUACGACUGAACAAAUCUUAACUUCAUGCUAAAGACUCAAAAAAUGGACAUGUCAGGGUUACAUUCAAUGUUAUGCUUUUAUCAUACUUUCAUACUUGAACUUGCCAUUUAUUAAAGUACAACAAUAUUUUUGGUAUCUUUGCCAAACAUUUGUUGUGUAUGUUUAGUGUGUGUACUGAUGAAAGGCAUAGUGCACCCAAAAAUAAAAAUGAUAUGUUC